AUGACCAUGCUGUUUCAAAACUGUCAUAACAUCUUUCGCUACGACUCGUGUUCGGGUCCGACGUCGCUCGCGGACGAAUUCUACAAUGAGACGCAGCACUGCUUUUGUCUUUGGAACUCGAGAUUGUAUUUCAACCAACAAGCAACAGAAGUCAGCGACCAGUUUGGGUACAGCUUGCCUGUGCUUUACACCGCCUGGACUUAUGAGGUGUGUACCCCAAGAAGAACCCAUCAAGAGGCCUACUCGAACGAGAGGACGUUGAGCGGAACCGUCAAGUGUCGGCUCACCGGGUGCUUGUGGAAAACGUUUUUGGCCGUAUCUGCUUGUUGUGGAAGUGUCGUGUGCGAUCUAUGGCUCAUUCAAAUGCGUCGAGCUGAAGUGCAGCGCCAGUCGAGUUCCCGUCGUGUCGAAAGAUUUGCUGUCAGGACAGCAGAUACAGCCGCCAUUCAAUACGUGGCUUGA